CCACUUCGCAAGGGGGCGCAGUAUAAUAUUUUUAUCCCUUAAGCCGAACUGGGGGGGUGUAGAUGUAAACGGAACUACUUAUUAUUAACCGUAUUCGUAUGGCUCUGACGGAUGAAUCCAGCGCUGUUGAAAUCGCGUUUUUAAUUAAAUCGUUAGUGCCUAUAAGUCGAAGAUGAAGGUGAAAAUCAAGCAAUGGAACGGCGUGGCGUCUUGGCUGUGGGUGGCCAACGACGAGAAUUGUGGCAUCUGCAGGAUGUCCUUUAAUGGUUGCUGUCCGGACUGUAAGGUGCCCGGUGACGACUGCCCAUUGGUCUGGGGCCAGUGUUCUCAUUGUUUCCACAUGCAUUGCAUCUUGAAGUGGCUGAACUCACAGCAGGUGCAGCAGCAAUGUCCUAUGUGCCGCCAGGAAUGGAAGUUCAAAGAAUGACAUCGCCACACCUGUCUUUGAACUGUUUCAGGAAGUCAAAAUGCAACACAAGGAACUUGGAUGCUUUAAACCCCAACACACUCAUUGUCCAUGCAUUUUAUUUAUUUAUUUGUGUUACUUGCAGGUGCCUCUUUACCCUAAUCUAGAGAUCCGUCUGCUUAUAUUAACAUCAGUUAUGAGUAUCUGUGUCUCUGAGAAAAGGGAAUUUUCUUAAUCUGGUAAUUGAAUUUCAAGCUUUUCAUUUCAUCAUAAUGCUUUGUACCAUUUUGUUAUUUGCGUGUUGUUCGAAAAAAUAAAUCAUAUUGCAAUUAUCAAACAUAUAUGAAAUGGGGAAAAAGUGUGAAUUUGACAGAUAAUGUACUAAUGAUGGCAACAGGACUGAGUUGAUAUUAUUUGACUGUGUUACAAGUGAUGUACUUCACUAUGGUUCCCUGAAAUCUUAUGCCUUGUCCGCAGUGCACACUGGCGUGCUCAGACAAGUCAGAAGCGGUUAUGACCAUCAAUCUGUCAUCCCCUGGGGUGUGACUCCAUUCCAGGCAAUCAGUGCUGCUUAUUUAAAUUCAAUUUCCUGCCUUAUGUUAAUCAAGGCUGCAACUUGUUUUAACAGUACAGUAUUAUGUAUUUCAGUGGUAGAGCGAUUUGGUAAUUAUACGACAAAGCUUGAGUGACAGCAGUCCCCUGCACACAGAGUCCACUGCAAAGGCUCUGAAGCAGACUUCAGACUUUGUUACAUGUUUUUUUUUUUCCUCCAUUAAAGAAACCAACUAUUUUA